AGAAAGUGACCGACUGAAAUCAUGACGGCGGAUAAAAAUGUUGCUAGAAUUGUUUGCUCAAUAUUUGAGGCAUAUAUUUAGAAACAGUCUGCACCAGCAUUUGUGGGCCGAUCACACAAUAAUCCUAUAGUUCUCGGAGAUCGUCCCUCACUCCCUCCGUAGACGUAUCUAACUAACCCUAAGUUCUCACUCCUUGGAACAGCGGAGGGCUUUCUCUACCUUCUGUAACCGCGGCGGCCUCUCCUCUCUUAGAAUUCACUUUACCUGACUUUCUGUUACACAGUGUUUGAAUCCAUGGCUUUGACCCUACAUUCAUCUGCUACAAACAAGAAUGCAUUCAAAGCACUUAUUGCUGCAGAGUAUACUGGUGUAAAAGUAGAACUGGUGAAAGACUUCCAGAUGGGUGUAUCAAACAAGACUCCUGAGUUUCUUAAGAUGAAUCCCAUUGGGAAGGUUCCUGUGCUUGAAACGCCUGAUGGUACAGUAUUUGAGAGCAAUGCCAUUGCACGCUACGUUGCUAAGUUGAAGCCUGACAAUCACCUCUUUGGAUCUUCAUUGAUUGAUUAUGCACAUGUUGAGCAGUGGAAUGACUUUUCGGCAACUGAGAUCGAUACAAACACAGGUCGAUGGUUGUACCCACGGCUUGGAUUUGGUGUACAUUUGCCACCGGCUGAGGAGAUUGCAGUAGCUGCAUUGAAGAGAGCCCUUGAAGCCUUAAACACCCAUCUUGCAUCUAACACUUACUUAGUUGGGCAUUCUGUCACAUUAGCUGACAUUGUUAUGACCUGCAACCUUAGUGUUGGAUUUAAGCUGAUCAUGACAAAGUCCUUCACUAAGGACUUCCCUCAUGUGGAGAGAUAUUUCUGGACUAUGGUUAAUCAGCCAAACUUUUCUAAAAUAUUGGGUGAGAUUAAACAAGCAGAAUCUGUUCCACCUCCUCCAUCAAAGAAGCCCGCUGCACAGGCUAAGGAGUCUGCAAAACCAAAAGAAGAACCGAAGAAAGAAGAAGCAAAACCAAAGGAAGAAGGGGUGGAAGAGGAGGCACCCAAGCCAAAGCCAAAGAACCCUCUUGAUCUUUUGCCUCCAAGCAAAAUGGUUUUGGAUGACUGGAAGAGGCUCUACUCUAAUACUAAAACAAACUUCCGUGAGGUUGCCAUUAAAGGUUUUUGGGACAUGUAUGAUCCGGAGGGAUACUCUCUUUGGUUCUGUGAUUACAAAUACAAUGAUGAGAAUACAGUCUCUUUUGUAACUUUGAAUAAAGUAGGCGGUUUCCUUCAGAGGAUGGACUUGGCACGGAAGUAUGCUUUUGGUAAGAUGUUGGUGAUUGGUUCGCAGCCCCCAUUCAAAGUCAAGGGGCUGUGGCUCUUUCGAGGCAAAGAAGUUCCCAAGUUUCUUUUGGAUGAAGUGUACGACAUGGAACUUUAUGAGUGGAAGGAGGUUGACAUCAAUGAUGAAGCUCAGAAAGAGCGGGUCAGCCAGAUGAUUGAAGAUCAGGAACCAUUUGAAGGAGAGGCUCUUCUGGAUGCAAAGUGCUUCAAGUGAGUAUUGACCCGCUCCCUAGCUGAGGCUUCCAUAGCUCUCAAGCUAGUAGGGUACUAGGGUUUUGAAUUUGGUAAUGCAGUUUCAUUCCCUUUCCUUUAGAACCGUAUAAUCCCAUAUUUUGAAGUAUCUCCGGAUGUUUCUGUAUGUAAUACACGUGCUUGAUCUUAGGCAUGGACCCGGUUCGGGCCGCCCGGCCCGGGACCGGCCCGGCCCGCCACUGUGCGAGCCCGGAACCGGCCCGGUUCUCGGGUCCGGGUCCGGGUCGGGCCUAGGCCCGGUGGGGUGGCCGGGUCCGGGCUCGGGCCUUGAAUUUGGCGAACCGGCCCGGCCGGGUCGGGCCCGGGCCCGGGCCGAAUUAAUUUUUUUUAAUUUUUUUUUCUUUUUUUGGGGUUAGCCAAGUUGGGCUUGAUGAUUAGGAGGGGUUUGGGGGGGUGUGGGGGUGAGUGGGGGGGUUAGGAAAGCAAAAAAAAAAAAAAAUUAUAACCGAACCGGAGGCCCGGCCCGGCCCGGACCCGGUGGCUACCCGGGCCGGUCCCGGGCCUUCCUUCCCAAAAAAAAGCCCGGCCGGGCCCGGCCCGGAACCGGAACCGGCCCGGCCCGGGUCCAUGACUACUUGAUCUGAACCAAAAUUUUAGAUAGUAUUCAAUCGCAGUACUAUAGAAACUGCUUUUUUCGGUGAUUUUUUUAAUGGAGAUUACAAGUAUCACUUUCGCAGGGUGGUUUACUGAGAGAGC